CCGCGCGAGCGCAGUCGGCGGCUGUUCGCUUCCGGCGCCCGGGGCGGAGGCUCGGCGUGGGUGUCGGCGGACGGACGGACGGACCGGCUGACCGCGGAGGCUGACCGGCGGGCCCUGGCCACCAUGGCGUCCGGCGGCGCUCUGUGCCGGCCCCUCGGGGGCGUCGCGCUGCUCCUGCUGCUGCUCCCGAUGGCCGCGGGGCAGGAGUGCGCCCAGUUCACCAACCGCACCUGCCAGGACUGCCUGAGGAACGUCUCGUGUCUGUGGUGCAACACGGACAGCAGGUGCCUGGACUACCCCGUGUCCACGAUUCUGCCGCCUGCCGGCCUGUGCCGCCUGAGCUCCGCGCGCUGGGGCGUGUGCUGGGUGAACUUCGAGGCGCUGAUCAUCGCCAUGUCGGUGGUGGGGGGCUCCCUUCUCCUGGCGGUCGCCCUGUGCUGCUGUUACUGCUGCUACUGCCGCAGGCGGGACCCGCGGGCGUCGGACCGCAGCGAGGAGAAGGCCGUGCGCGAGCGAGAGGAGCGGCGCCGGAGGCAGGAGGAGAGGCGAGCGGAGAUGAAGUCGAGACAUGACGAGAUCAGGAAGAAGUACGGUCUGUUCAAGGAGGAGAACCCCUAUGCCAGAUUCGAGAACAACUAGCCGCUCCGUGGCACCCACUGUGCAGCCCGCCUGCCACCCUGCCCAGCCGGCGCCAGCUCAGCCCCACCCACAGCCUGCCGUCCGCUCUGUCUGUAGCCGCUUGAACCCAGAGCCGUGGCUCUCUGUCUUCUGUGGGGCCUGGGCUGCGUGGCUGCUGUUCUCAUGGGGGAGCCCUGGGUCCCCCUCUGCCGCCUGUCCCUUGGUCCUGGGGAGGUGACCGGUCCUCCCCAGUGUCUCCCAGACUCGUGAGAGGUCUGUGUCCCCAGCUGUCUGUUGGGGAGGGGUUGCUGGCCUGCCCCAAGGCCUUGUCCCGGGAAGCCCCCAUGCUGCGUCUGCUGUCACUGUCCUGGCCUCCCCAGGCCCGCAGGCGAUGGUCAGGGCUCUGCGGUCAGCGUGUGCACACGGCACGGUGUCCCCUGCAGUGGGGGUGGCGGCUGGGUGGUCCUGUCCAGUGGUCAGGCAGGACCAGGCCAGUGACAACACAAGGCUUAGAGUGCACGGGGUCAGGGGGUCAGGCCUCACACUGCACCCCAGAGCACCCACACAGCUCAUGACAAAGUCUCACGUGCGGACCAGGGCACACGGGGACACCUACCCCACUCACGUGGAGAUCAGCUCGCUCACUGCAGGUGGGGCUCACACUCAGAGCUGGGCAGAGCAGCCCACGGGGACCAGCCCACAGGGACCAGCCCCACACGGGGACCAGCCCCAAACGGGGACCAGCCCACAGGGAACAGCCCCACACAGGGACCAGCCCCACACAGGGACCAGCCCCACAUGGGGACCAGCCCCACACGGGGACCAGCCCCACACGGGGACCAGCCCAGAGGGACCAGCCCCACACAGGGACCAGCCUACAGGGACCAGCCCCACACAGGGACCAGCCCACAGGGACCAGCCCCACACAGGGACUAGCCCACAAGGAACAGCCCACGGGGACCAGCCCAUAGGGAACAGCCCCACACAGGGACCAGCCCCACACGGGGACCAGCCCCACACAGGGACCAGCCCCACAGGGACCAGCCCACAGGGAACAGCCCCACAUGGGGACCAGCCCACAGGGAACAGCCCCACGUGAGGACCAGCCCCACACGGGGACCAGCCCACAGGGACCAGCCCCACACGGGGACCAGCCCACAGGAACCAGCCCCACACGGGGACCAGCCCACAGGGAACAGCCCCAAGGGACCAGCCCACGGGGACCAGCCCCACAGGGAACAGCCCCACACGGCGACCAGCCCCACACGGCGACCAGCCCCACACGGCGACCAGCCCCACACGGAGACCAGCACACUCACUACAGGAGGGGCUCACUUGAGGGCAGAGCAGCUCACUGGCCCAGCUCUUGGCCGAGUCCACUACACCCCCACCCCUCGCUGCACUAAUCCUUGGCCCUGAGAAUCCCUGUGUCACUUAGUUAACUGGAUGGUCUCCUAGUGUUUUGGACGUCUGGCAGCAGGGUAGUCUUGCCAGAGCAGUUGGGACAUUUCUGGCACCUACGUGGCCCGCACUGCCCCCCCAUGGCUGGUGCCUGGGCCUGGCCGACUCUCAGGCUGCUGCCAGUCUUGGGGCACAGUCUCUGGUGUCAGUGCCACUUCGUGACCUGGGGACAAGAGUGCCAGCCUCACGUGCCUUCAUCCUGGUGUCUUCUAAUAAAUGGUUGAUGCUUA